AUGGGUUCGGGGUUCAGAAAUGGUUCAGGAAAGUCAAACCAGAACUGGACCGUUUGGGAAGAUCUAGAACCGAGAACCGUUUUCUGGUCCAGUUCUGGCUGGCACGAGAACCAUGGACCGAACCACGGAGAACCGGACCAAAAGUCUGGUUUGAACCAUGGUUCUGGACCGGACCACGGCAGCACUAAUUGUCAAAGCAUCAUGAUAUUUGACAGUAGUCAGGGUACCAUCCGCUCAGAAGGUAAUUUUAGGGCUCACAGUGCCUCCACAGAGGACUUGAAAUCAGCUAUCGUGCAGCCAAACUUGACACCAUCGCAGUCGCGUGCAGACUGGGAUGAUCUAACAGCGACAAUCACGACAGUGAUACCUCGUGCUGAGAGUCCAAGGUUGGCUCCUACAGACAAGCAGGAGUUGCGUACACUUGCAGAGGCGAGCGAUGAUAGCGGUUACAGGCAGAAGGGGUCUCAAGUCCUUCUGAAGGUGCGGAUCGAAUGUCGAGCAAGUAGCUCUAGCAGGACAAAGGUUUCAAGGUAA